AUGGCUAAAACAACACUCUUGUCCCUUGUCGCAGCAUGCCUCCUAAUCGUCCCCUCUUCCGCGAGGCCUGAGACACCUAAUAUCACCAACCACUACAUUUCUUUCGAGAACCCACCCGUCACCUCGCGUCCUCUGUUUCGAUAUUGGCUGCCGGAUGCCAGUGUUGAUGCCUCAAAAUUAAUUGAAGAUAUUGCUAGUGCCGGUAGAAUCGGAGCUGGAGGUGUCGAGCUCGUUCCUUUCUACCAAUAUGGAGGUCAUGGAGGUCGGUAUCCGCCGGGAGCUGACUGGGCCACCUAUGGCUUCGGAUCACCUGCGUUUGUUGAUGUCCUCGAACAAGCAGCCAAAGCUCAUGUAUCUCAUGGCUUGAAGAUGGACUUCGCACUCGGUCCUAAUCAGGGCCAGGGAGUCCCUGCAGAUCCUGAUGAAGAAGGAUUGCAGUGGGAUCUGAUACCUGCCAAUGGGUCGCUCGACAAUCCUCUCCCCGGCUGGGGCACUGGCAAGCUAGUUUCCCUAGUGACAGCGACUGUUGAGUCUCGCAAGACUCAGAAGACCAGCGCCAGUCCUUUCCCAGGUGCCAGUGAUACCCACACAUCCUUUGUCCUUGCCAAUGGUAGUCUUGUGCAACAUACAGAUAAAGUCUCAUCAAGGGGUUUUGUCGAGUAUAAGUUCCCCAAGACACCUGACGGGAUUGAGCAAUGGGCCUUUGCUUUCUACAGCAAAAGGUCGCUCAUCAAGAAUCUCAAGUUUACUAGUAACGAGGCUCAGCAUAUUUACGCCAAUGGUUCUUACACGGUGGAUCACUUCAGCGCUAAGGGAGCAAAGGUCACCAUCCGAUUUUGGCAGAACUACAUUCUCAAGAAUAGCAAUGUGCGAUCAUUAGUCAGGCAGUGUGCAGAAGCUGGUUGGGAAGAUAGUCCAGAGAUGCUCAGCACCAUAACAUGGACACCCGAUAUUCCUAAGCUCUUCAAAAGGCGCCAUGGCUACGACCUCCUCACAUACCUGCCGCUUAUUAUGUAUAAGAGCAACAAUCUUGCCAUACAGGCUGGAGUACUGGGACCCUUUGAAGCCGUGCUGAACACGCCGGACAAAGGCCAAGGUGUUGUGAAUGACUUCGUCGAGAUCCUGGAACUGUGCUAUCGUGAAUACAUCACGACUCUCCGGGAUUGGCUAAAGACGAACCUCGGACUGAACUUCAGAACUCAAGUUUCAUACAACUUACCCAUGGAUAUGGGCGCUAAUGUCCCGUUUGUUGAUAUUCCCGAAGCUGAAAGUCUGGGAUUCCACGAUAACCCUGAUGCUUACAAACAAUACAUUGGACCAGCAGUCUUGGCAGGCAAGAAGGUUGUUUCGAAUGAACUUGGUGCCAUGCCUGGGAGACCUUAUUCUCAGCUUCUAACUGAGCUGCUCUUCUCUGCUGACGUGGCCUUCACUGCUAACACAAACAAGUUUGUUCUGCACGGGCAGCCAUACAGUGGCAAUUAUUACAACACUACAUGGCCAGGAUACACCCCCUUCCAGUACGGCUUUUCUGAGCUGUAUUCUCCUCGACAACCCGCAUGGGAGCAUGGUCUUGAUGAAGUAAUGGGCUAUCUUGGGAGAGCACAGCAUUCAAUGCAAAUGGGCGUAGCAAAUCUAGACGUUGCUAUAUAUAACAAGGUGGCCAAAACGGACCCUCUCUGGACUAACAAUGUUUAUGCUGAGAACGAUCUUGAGAGAGCUAGCUACACCUAUGCCUACGUCACUCCAGCAAACUUCAAGCUUCCGCAAGCUUAUGUCGACAAUAAAGUCCUUGCGCCAAAGACGGGUGCCUUUAAAGCACUGGUCCUUCCAGACCACAGCAAUAUCACCCUACAAGCUAUAGAAGACAUCUCAAGGUUCGCCAAAGCUGGAUUGCCGGUCAUUGUGGUUGGUUCCCAUGUGUUCCUACCGACGAACCGACGUGGUGAAGAGGUUAAGACCUGGGAUGCAUAUAAGAGCUUGCUCAAACUACCAUCUGUCCACCAGAGCAAGAAGAGUGAAAUUGCUGCUACUCUCCAGUCCCUGGGGAUAAGGCCAAAGGUCACAGCUAUCUCCGACAAGCUAUGGAAGCACGCACGUAGAUGGGAUCCGGUAAAUGACAUGGACUUUAUAUUCAUACUCGGUGCAUCACGACCUUCAACCGGGAUCGUCAAGAUUGCCUCCAAAGGUGUGCCCUACUGGUUCAAUGCCUGGACAGGCACCCAAGAACCAGUUCUUUUCUACAGCGCUGAUAGACUUUCUGGAACUAUCGACAUCGACUUGUCACUAGCAGCCAACCAGACAGCCAUCAUAGCCAUAAGCAACAAGCCGCUCAAGUACGUUGACACACCAGUCGUCCACAUUUCCAAGAAACCUGCUGGUAUUUUGGGGGGCAAGGCUACAAACAGGCACGAGAUAGAGCUUCAUGCUACUUCAAGAAGCUCCGGUGGCAUGGUAACACUGAGCAACGGAACUUCACAUUUUAUCGAGCAUUUUGACUCGCCCGAGGAAAUAGAGCUCGAGAAAUGGACCUUGACUGCGGAGCAUUGGGAAGCGCCGUCAAACUUUUCAGAUGCAUCUGCGAUUGCUUCGAAGCGUAACUCGACACACACGUUGACGGCUCCUCUCAAGUCUUGGACAGAACUGGGCCCAGAGCUCACCAACUCUUCUGGUCUUGGUUACUACAGCACGUUGUUCACGUGGCCACCCUCAGAAAACUCUACCGAGAACCCCGAUGGUGCGUACGUCAAGUUCGAGCCAGUCAUGCAUGCCAUAAAGCUGUGGGUGAACGGAAAGCGUCUACCUCCUGUCGACCCCAGGAAUCCCGUUGUAGAUCUUGGUCCUUUUACGAAGCGUGGAGAGAAUGAGAUCUUGGCUGUUGUCCCAACGACAAUGUGGAACUAUGUGAGAAGUCUUCUUCCCAGCAUUAGGAACGCAGGUGAUAUUCCACUUGAGAUUUCAACUGAGGAUAUCCAGCUGAAAUGGCCAACGCCGGCUAAGACGGACAAUGGGUUGGUGGGGAGGGUGUAUCUUAUACCUUACCACAAGGUGGCUUUGAGGCUCUGA